AUGACCACCGCCCCCCCCACCAACCUCGACCUCAAGAAGGACAAGGGCCUCACCGUCCAGUGGGCGGACGGGUCGAGCAGCUACUACUCCAUCGCGUACCUGCGGAAGAUGUCGCCCUCGGCCGAGGCGCGGCAGCUGCGGGAGGAGAUGAAGAAGAACCCGCUGACGGUCUUGCCCAGCUCGGCGGCGUCGGGUGGGCCGCUCGUGGCGGAGUCGGCGGAGAUGGUGGGGAAUUACGCGAUCCGGAUCCGGUUCUCGGAUGGGCACGACACGGGGAUCUUUUCGUGGUCGUAUUUGCGGGAGAUUGAUCCGGGGGAAGAAGGGGUUGGAAUCAACCGUUCGUCGCCUCUGAAUCGUGGUUGGUGGUAUCACUUUGCGCUGGCCGGGAGAGCUAUGACACGCCCCUCGAAUGACAACCCCGUUUCCCCGAAUGCCGCGUUGGAUGGGGCGAUCGCGAUCGGGACGCCCGAGACGCUCGCGGGGGCGAUGCGUCAGCUCGAGGCUUCCGGGUCGGGGGCGGUUCCUCGGCCGUUCGGGGUGGUCGUGAUCGACGGGGCGAACGCGCCGGCCGCGACGGCGCUGGGGAUGCGGGUGCUGGGCUCGGCGGACGAGCUGCCGGCGAUCUACUCGCGGACGCCGUUCGGGACGGCGGUGGUGUCGCUUCCGGGGGCGAUGCACCGGGCGAGCGAGCGGGUGCGCGAGGCGUGCGAGGAUUUGGGGGCGGCGGUUCGGUUCAUCCCGACGAUCGAUGAUCUGCUGACGGACGGUGUGGCCACUCGGAUGACUCCUGGCGGUCCUUUGGAUGUGCAGGCGCUGAUCGGUCGCGAGCCGAAGCCGAUCGACCCGGCGUUCGUGCGUCGGGCGGUGACGGGGAAGCGGGUGCUGAUCACGGGGGCGGGCGGGAGCAUCGGGUCGGAACUCGCGCGGAUCUGUGCGCGGUUCGAGCCGGAGACGCUCGUCCUGAUGGAGCGGGCGGAGAACGCGCUGUUCGAGAUCGAUUCGGAGAUCCACCGGCGGCACCCGGAGGUCACGCGCCGGGCGAUUCUCAAUGAUGUCGUUGAGCCGGAGCCGACGCUGCGGGCGUUUCUGGAGACGGAGCCGGACGUCGUGUUCCACGCGGCGGCGCACAAGCACGUGCCGAUGAUGGAGACGCACCCGGGUGCGGCGCUGAACAACAACCUGUUCGGGACGAAGUCCGUCGCGGACGCGGCCCGGUCGAGCGGGUGCUCGCGGUUCGUGCUCAUCUCGACGGACAAGGCGGUGAACCCGAGUUCGGUGAUGGGCGCGACGAAGCGGAUGGCGGAGCUGUACGUCCGUUCGCUCAAUGGGGCGGGCGGGGUGGGCGGGUGCUCGUAUUCGCUCGUUCGGUUCGGGAACGUGCUGGGCAGCGCGUGCAGCGUGGUGCCGAUCUGGAGCCGGCAGCUGUCCGAGGGCGGGCCGAUCACGGUGACGCACGAAGAGAUGACGCGGUACUUCAUGACGAUCCCGGAGGCGGCGAGCCUGGUGAUCCAGGCGAGCGCGCUGGAGGCGGGGCCCGGGGGCGGGGUGUUCGAGCUGGACAUGGGGGCGCCGGUGCGGAUCCGGGAGCUGGCCGAGCGGUUCGUGCGUCUGCACGGGUUCGAGCCGGUGUUCGAGGGUCAGACGGCGGCGAGUACGGCGCGGAGCGGCGUUCGGAUCCUGUUCACCGGGAUCCGGCCGGGGGAGAAAUUGCACGAGGAGCUUGCCUAUCAAGCGGAGGAUCUCCGCCCGACGGAGGUCCCGGGGGUGAAGGCCUGGCUCGGCGAUUUGCCGCGUCCGGAGGAGGUUUCCCGCAUGGUGAGCGAGAUGACUGCGGUUCGGAAAGCGGUUCGGAACGAAUCGGUUCUUGAAGGCAUCCAACGGUACGUGCCGACGAUUGGAUGGACGUCCGAUAUCGCGUCUGGAACACCCAUGGGCAACACGACGCCCGACUUCGAGAUCCGGAUUCCGCCGCAGGGCGGGGACCGGCUGGCGACGCUCUACGAGGAGGCGCGGGAUCGCCUGCGCCUCGCGGAGGGGCUGCUGGCCUGCCUCAAGGACACCCGGACCGAAUGCGAGGCCCAUCUGACCCGUCUCCAGAAGGACGACGCGGUGAAGUCGGUGACGGGUCGCUCGUCGCUCGACGAGAAGAUCGCGUCCACGACGCGCAUGGUGGAGUCGCUCCGACGCGUGGUCGAGGAGCUGGCGCGCAAGCUGCAGAAGACCGGCUCGCUGUCGCCAGCCUGCGUUGCGCGUUACGCUCGUCGCAUGAGCGACACCACCCUUGUUGAUGGCCCCCCCGCUGCUGUUCUGGAAGUCGUGCGGCUUCGAGAGGGUGCCGUGCUUCCCGAGUACAAGACGGAGGGCGCGGCGGGGAUGGACCUGAGCGCGCUGCUGGACUCGCCCGUGGUCGUGGAGCCGGGGUCGGUGGCGAAGGUGCCGACGGGGAUCGCGAUGGCGAUCCCGCGGGGAUAUGAGGGGCAGGUUCGGCCGCGGUCGGGGCUUGCUUUCAAGCACGCGCUGACGGUCGUGAACGCGCCGGGGACGAUCGACUGGGACUACCGGGGCGAGGUGAUCGUGGGGCUGAUCAACCUGGGUCGCGAGGCGUUCAAGAUCGAGAGCGGGAUGCGGAUCGCGCAGCUGGUGAUCGCGCCGGUGACUCGGGUUCGGGUGGAAGGGGUUGAGGAGCUUGGCGGGACGGAGCGGGGGUUGGCGGGCGGUGCGGCGUGUCCGCUCGAUGACUCUCGCGGUUGCUAUGGCAUUGAUGUGGAUGGGAUCGGUGUGUACCGGAGCGCUGGCGUGUGGGAGCGGUGCGACGAGCCCAUCCGGGUGCUGUUCGCGGGGAAGCGGAUCGACGAGAAGACCGCGCUCGCGCUCAUCGAGCGGUGGGAUCGGAUGGUCGCGGGUAAGGAGCAUUACCGGGAGAUUGUUGCGCUGAGGUGGUGGGGUGGGGAGGCGAUGAGCAUCGAGACGUUCUGGGGGCUCAACGUCGGCAUCGGCGAGGGGGUCCGCGAGCACGUCCCGGAUGUGGACGCGGUCUUCCCGUCCCGGGACAUCGAGGCGAGCGCCGUCACCGUUGACCGCUUCCCGAAUUCCGAGGAGAUCCAGGUCCACGACGCGCGCUUGCGUAUCGCUCGCUCGGACAACGCGGUUCACCUCGAGAUGAUCGAGCACGGUCGCGACGGGAUGCUCCUGGCCCGCGCCCACGGCGUGCGCGUCGUUUUCGCGUCGCCGGUCGAGGACAAGAUCACGCCGGAAGACGUCGGCGGCUCGCUCGACGCGCUGAUGCUCCUCGUGGACGAGGACGAGAACGACCUGGUCAAGGCCGACCGCAUGCUCCGGUCGCUCCGCCCGGCGAUGCUCGUGCUCGUCGGGCACCAGCCGAUGGUCGAUCGGAUACUGGAGUCCGUGCCGCCGAUCUACGAGGUGGAGCGGCUGCCCGGGAACACGGUGGCGGUGGCGACGCCGCACCCGCUGGAGUCUCGCGUGCCGCGGGUGGUGGUGCUGCGGGAUACGCCGUGGGCGCCGGAGGGGGAGUUGAAGGAACUGUUCGAGGCGAAGGAGGCGGCGGCGGCGCUCUCGGGCGAGGCGUUCGGGGCGUUGACGCUCGAGCAGAUGAACCACCUGCCGAGCGAUGGGACGCACCGGCCGCGGUGGAACAUCGAGCACAUGGCGGGUCAGGAGAUCACGCUGUAUCUCAACUUCUUUGCGCAGAAGGACAGCGCGUUCCGGCGCGAGGACCCGCGCCCGGCGAACAACAAGCCGGCGGAGUACGAGAUGAAGCGCCCGGAGUGGAGCCCGGCCGAGGAGGUGCGGGAGAUCGAGCGGACGCAGGAGUUCGUGCGCCGGUUUGGGUAUCUGCUGGAUGGGGUUGAGCUGGAUGCGCGUCCGGAGGGUGGCGGGUGGUCACUGCGGACGGUGUUCGAGCGGAUGGCGUGGCAUUGGGGGCAUCACACGGGGAAGUUGGGUUCGAAGACGGAGUUGCCGGAUUGGAUCCUCGCCUGUUGGUCGAUGCUUUUGAUUCUCACGCCGUCGGGCGUCGCUGCGACCAACGGUGAGGACCGCUUCGCUGUGGUUCGCCUUGAGCACGUAUCCACGGAGCCACUCGACGAAGAACAUCCGUACGGCACGCUGCAUCGUCAGAGAUUCGUCAUUCGCGCGACGGUUCUCGGCAAAGCUGAAGACUUCGAUGGGCUGACCUGCGAGACGACUACAUUCAUCUACGCCGAGGAGCAUCGCGGAAGGCCAUGGAUGAGCCCACCGGACCAGUUCUAUUCGCCUUAUAUCGAAGAAGGGGAGAUGUUCUACUGUCUGGCACGCCUUUCACCCGAGCACGGCGUCUUGUGGUCGGCGCAUUAUUCGGGAUUCCGCCUCACACCGUUUACGCACCAGAAUGCGGGGUUGCUCGCGACUCUGAUUCGUGAUGAGUCGGGACAUGAUCGCGUCAGGAGCAUCGGCCCGCGUGUGGCUUGCUCGUUCGAAGACAUGGAGCAGCUUGAGGCGUUUUCAAAGCGAUAUUCGUCCGAUUUUUCGGCGAUCGAUGCCGAUGUUCUGCUCGAGCAUGCGUGCCAUCCCAGCGUGGCUGUUCGCCUGGCGGUCUUGCACGAACUGUCGAUCCGGCAUGAUCUCAACGAGGUGGUCACGCGCCUGAUCCCUUGCGACGCGAUCCCGGUGGCUGAGCAGAUGAUCGACGACGUUUUCUUGCGAAUUCAGAAGAACUGGGAGCGCUCACCACGGCGUGACGAGCUGAUCGAGCGAUGGUACGAGGAUGCCACAUCGGUCAACGAAUUGAUGCAGAUCAAUGUGUACUUCAGCGACCUGACGAAGUCGGGCGUGGUCAGCCUGGACCAAACAUUCCGCGACGCGACGCGGGCGCUGGAGAUGACGCACCGGUACGAGCGGUACCGGGGAGACUCUGAGAAGGACUCAGCGUUGCGUCGUGUGUACUGGCUCUUCACGCCGCUGUUCGAGGAUGCGCGGUACGGGCCGAAGGCCUUCGAUCUGCUGCUCGACGAGCUGGCGGCGCGUCGCGCGGCGGAGGAUCCGGACGCGUCUUUUCCCUACCAAGGCGGCUCCAGCCUCUCGGUUGAUCUGACCGUCCAACUCGAACUCGACAAGCAGUGGAUGAGCGUUGAGCAGAGGCGGAUGUUCGAUGCGAUCCGCGUGGAUUCUCGUGCGGUUGACGAACGGGUCGCUUCGGACCGCGAAUGGCGCGAGUCGCUCUCGCAAAGCGAGGCCCGGCGGCGUGAGGCCGAGGCAAAGCGGGCGGAGACGCAGCGGCUACUCGACGCGCGCCAUGGCAUCGAGACGCUGCCGGUGAGCGAGUCCCUUCUGCACAUCCCGGCGGGGCAGGCCGAGGCGUGGGUCGCGCUCGUGCGGGGCGCGACGGCGGAGCGGGCGGCGGCGAUGCUUGUCGAUGAGGACCCGGCGCUACGAUCGAUCGGGGUGUGGCUCUGCGUGCUCCAGCGGCGAUACGACCUGCUCUCGUCGAACCGCCAGCUGAUGGACGACGCGGGGAUCGGGCUGCGGGCGCCUUCGGUCGGCGUGGUGGGGACGGGGCCGUCGGAGUUCACUGUCGGCGAGUUGUACCGGGAUCAGUACAUCCGGAAGGUGCUGGGGCACUGGGACGCGUCGCGGAUCACGCGCGAGGAGCUGGACGCGCUGUACCCGGGGCCGAUCGAUCACGAUCGGUCCGUCGACGCGUGGUCACGCCGGUUGCGCACGGCGGGCGCGCUGGCCGGGCGGUCUUCUGAGUUCGAAGGCGUGCUCGACGCGGAGUUCGCCAUGCUUGGCAACGCGCCGGAGGACGUCCGACGGGCGGUGCUUCUGAUCGCGCGGAUGAGCGGCUCGUUCCCGUCGCGCACGGCGGAGAUCGACGGGGUGCUGGAGCGGAUGCGGGAUCGCGGGGGAGAGUUUGAGCUGAGCGAUCCGGUGUCGGCGGGAAAGGGGUUUCAUUUCCGGAAGACGUUUGAGCGGUGGGUGGCACAACGGGAGUUCGGUAUGUCGAGCGAUUUCAGCGGUGGUGGUCCGGGUGGCGGUCGUUUCGGGGGCAAGGGGAACGUCCUGAAGGAGUCCGCGAACGGGACGAUCUUUGUCGAUUACAAGAACGUCGACGAGCUGCGCCGGAUGAUGACGCCGAACGGGAAGAUCCACGGCCGCAAGCGUCUGAGCACGAGCGCCCGCGAGCAGCGGAUGAUCGCGCAGGCCAUCAAGCGUGCUCGCCACAUGGGCCUGCUGCCCUACACGUCGGGGGUCGGGGCGGAUGUCGAGUGCGCCGGCGCGGGGAAGGGGCUGGAGCAUCAUCCGGUGUGGGUGAUCGGGCACCUCGUGACGGGGUCUUCGCUUCUCGCGAAGCACCUGGGGGUGGCGCCGACGAUCCCUUCUCUGUACGACGAGCUGUUCCUGCGGAAGGGGCCGAGCGAUCGGCGGCUGCCGGACGCGGACGCGGCGUACCCGGCGCUCGAAUCCGUGCUCGAGGAGUACCGGCGGCAGCACGGGAUUGUGGAGGAGGCUCUGCGUGACCUGGGCGACGCGGCGCUCUCCAAGGAAGUGGAAUGGCGGCUUGGGCCGUAUUUGCCGACGAUGAUCGACCUGAUCUCGUUCAUGUGCGUGUCGCACGAGGCGCUGCACCUGGGGCAGUUCGCGGAUUGGCGGCGGGCGAUGGGGUUGCCGGGGGCGAUGGCGGGGAUGUGA